AUGGUCUUCCUCCCUGCCAAAUCCGCCGGCGAAUUGCCGCCCAUUCCAGACAACAUUCCGAUCAGCGAGUUCAUGCUCAAUGAGAAGUACGGACGACUGGCACACGACAGCUCCCGGGAUCCAUACACAUGCGGUUUCACGGGCAAGUCAUACUCCUCGCGCGAGGUGGUGAGCCGAGUGGAUAACAUUGCACGCGGUCUUUCGAAAGAGUUCGGUUGGGCGCCGAACCAAGGCUCGGAAUGGGAUAAGACGCUGGCAGUCUUCACUUUGAACACUAUCGAUUCUCUCCCCUUAUUUUGGGCUGUUCACAGACUAGGCGGUGUCUUGUCUCCCGCAAAUGCAUCCUAUUCGGCCGCCGAGCUGACGCAUCAGAUUUUGGAUUCCAAGGCGAAGGCCUUGGUCACUUGUCUGCCACUGCUGUCAAUCUCAUUGGAAGCAGCCGCCAAGGCUGGGCUUCCAAAGAGCAAGAUCUAUCUGCUCGACGUGCCCGAGCAGAUUCUCGGCGGCGCGAAGGCCCCAGCCGAGUACAAGACGGUUGACCAGAUCCACGAUGCUGGAAAGUCUCUUCCCCCGCUCGAGGAGCUGCGAUGGAGCGCGGGCGAAGGAGCCCGCCGAACGGCAUUUUUGUGUUACUCCAGUGGAACUUCGGGCUUGCCGAAAGGAGUCAUGAUUUCCCACCGCAAUGUCAUCGCCAAUACUCUGCAGAUCACCGCAUUUGAGCAUGGCUACCGUACCAAUUCGGGGACGAGACCCCCUCAGACCGAUGUCUCCCUGGGUCUUCUUCCCCAGAGUCACAUCUACGCUCUGGUAGUCAUUUGUCAUUCCGGGGCAUACCGCGGCGACCAAACGAUCGUCCUCCCCAAGUUUGAAUUGCAAUCAUACCUGAAGUCCAUUGAGCACUUCAAGAUCACCUCUCUUUUCUUGGUGCCUCCAAUCAUUAUCCACAUGCUGAGCAGUCAGCAAGUCUGCUCGAAGUUCGACCUCAGCUCCGUGCGAACACUUUUCACCGGAGCUGCACCCUUGGGGGUUGAGACAGCGACCGAUUUCCAGAAGAUUUAUCCUAAUGUCCUGAUCAGACAAGGAUACGGUCUCACGGAAACAUGCACCGUCGUCAGCUCAACACACCCAGAAGAUAUCUUCCUUGGUUCUUCCGGAGCCCUGGUACCGGGCUUCGAAGCCCGGAUCAUGACCCCCGAGAACGAAGAGAUCACCAAAUACGACACCCCCGGCGAGCUGGUCGUCCGUGGCCCCAGUGUCGUUCUGGGCUACCUGAACAACGAAAAAGCAACCAAGGAGACCUUCGAGGACGGUUGGAUGCGAACUGGUGACGAGGCCGUGGUCCGUCUGAGCCCCAAGGGCAUCGAGCAUGUCUUCAUCGUCGACCGGAUAAAGGAGUUGAUCAAGGUCAAGGGUCUGCAGGUCGCUCCCGCCGAGCUGGAGGCUCACCUCCUGGCCCAUCCUGCCGUCUCAGAUGUUGCUGUCAUUGCCAUUCCCGACGACCGCGCUGGAGAAGUUCCCAAGGCUAUUGUUGUGAAGGCUCCUGGUGCGGGAUCUGAUGAGGAAUUGGCCAAGACUCUGACAAAGCACGUUGAAGACCACAAGGCUCGCCAUAAGUUCUUGAAGGGUGGCAUUCGAUUUGUGGAUGCCAUCCCCAAGAGCCCUAGUGGUAAGAUUCUCCGUCGGUUGAUCCGGGACCAGGAGAAGGAGGCACGCCGCAAGGCCGGUGCUAAGCUCUAG